AGCCACCAUCAAUUACAAGAAAUUAAGUUCUGUGUGAAGCCGGCUGUCGUUUAUUCUCAAUUAUUAUUCUAAAUAUAUAAUGUCUACGCCCGCUAAAAUAGAGGAGCUUAAAAAGGAGCCCGAACCUGUUAAGUCGCAGAUGGCUACUUUAAAGAGCAAAUGCAAUUUCUUUGUGCUUAUCUUACUGUCUGUCCCUCUCAGUUUUCUGACUGUGUUGCUAUUCGUGUGGUUUUUACUUUUCGGAUUGCUUAGCAUUGUAGGAAUUACUGCAGUCGUGCUAGCCCUGGUUGGUGUGUUAUCUAUUGUCGGAACUGUCUGCUCUGCCUUGGGUGUUUCUAUCAGUAUUGUUGGUCUUGCUACGGCAAUUAUAGGAUGCAUCAUUACGACAAUUGUCUUUACCGUACAAAAGGUGUUCCAUUAUUCACGCCGGUUCGCUCAGAGAUUCAUUCCUUACUGGACUAAUUUCGAGUACGGAGUAUACCGUCUGCGUUUGGUUACGGAAUAUCGUGUCCGACGUCUCAGUCUUUCUGCAUACAAUGGUAUCCACAGUCUUAUCUGCAGCAACAACAAGCAGCCAAAGUUAUGAGCAUGAGUUAUAUAGUUUAUGAGUACUAGUUUUAUGACAAUAUUUAUAUGGAAUUAGUUUUAAAUCAAGAAGGUCUCACUAGCUAGUGAGAGGUCACUCGG